AUGAUUAUCCCUAUAAACGUCUCUUUACCGACCUCCAUCUCCGAGUCCGACAGAUCUAGGCCAAAACUCCCCCCGAGACUCGUCAAGCUAGGGGACGCGAACUCAGACGAACUGGUGCUCAUUGAGCUCCAGGGCGAGCUGGAGACGGAGGGCGUCAAAGACAACCAGGUCGUUGGCACGCUCAAGCUCGAUGAGAAUGACAAACCAACGCUCAUGAUCGGCUACCAUCUCCUGGAAGGCAAGCUCGUGAACCUUUCUAAACCCCUUGCGGUACUCCAUCUCCCCGGAGCCGAUGCGCGUCCGUCUAUGCCCAGUGGUGCAGCUAUGGAUGUGGACUCCGAAUCGAACCAUAGCAAAGAAGGUGUUGCGUGGAACAUGGUUGCGAUUGUCAAGCGCAAGAUCGUCUUCUCCAAACGGCCCAUGCCCAUCGUUGGUCUUGGUAGUUCGGCGUCUUCUACGCCCGCCUCUGUCAAGGCGAAGUAG